AUGACGUCACCUGAACUUCAGCGCAGACACCCCUCUCGCAUCAGCAUUCCUUCUUUGUCUUCAACUGCAGUAAUACAUCCUAUUCUCCUCGUCCUGGGGAAACUCCUGCCCUCCAAAGCGCGCCUUCGCCUCAGACGUUACUCCCGCGAGCUGUCUGCGCAAUACAAAAACUUAGCCUCAACAGCAUUCCGAACCUUUGGAAAUUUCCCUGGAGAGGAGAAUCCAGAAAUUCAAGAUGAUCAUCAAUCGUCCGAUGCUGCUCUUCUUUCCAUCGGUCUUCUUCUCUCUGGCACCUCAGCUCCAGCACCUAGGGAGCCAGAUAAGCUUUUAGCCAAGAAUAAUUACUUUCCUUUGAUUCUUUCUUUUAUUCCUGUACUUCCUUUUCAUCAUUUCCUCCUCCUUUUCUUUACAUUUUUGUGUUCUUCCUUCUUUUUCUUCAUUUUGUCUUUCCUUUUUCGUUUCCUUCUUCCUUUUCCUUUUUUCUUUCUUUUCCUUCCGCUUUCUGAUUUUUCAUUUCUAUCCUUCCAUAUUUUUCUUCCUCAUUUUUUACUGCUUUUUCUUCAUUUCUGUCUAACUUUUUCUUCCUUCUUCAUUUCUUUUACUUUCGUUUUCCUUCUUCCUUUCUUUUAUUUUCCUUUUUCCUUUCUUUUUCCUUUUUCUUCUCAGAUCCCUUCUUCAUUUCUUUUCAUUUUCUUUUUCCUUCAUUUAUUUUUCUUUUCCUAUUUCCAUUCUUUUUUCUCUUUUUCCUUUCAUUUUUCUCUUUUUCCUACUUCCGUUCUUUUUCUUCUCUUUUCCUUCUUUCCUUUUACUUUAUUCUAA